AUUGUUAAUUUCUUAAGUGGUCCAAAGCCAAAAACAAUUUAGGGGCAAAGGUUCAAACUUUGAACACUCUAAACAAUUUCACGAAGAGAGAAAAACUCAAGAUCAUCCAUGGCAUACUUGGUACGAAACUUGAAGUUGUUGAUCACCAAAAUCCCAUCUUCCAAUUCUUCAUCAUCUCAAAUUUUUCGAGGAGUAACAAAUUUACAAAGUUCUGCUUCACCAAUUAACACGUUUCGUUGCCUCAAUACGUUUCGAUCUUCAACUUGCUCGUUUCGUUCCUUCGGAUCUGCUGCUUCUGAAUCUGACAAUGACAUGGUGAAUCAUCAAGGGUUCCAGAUGUGGAGUAAUGGAGGUGGCUUAUUUCACACAUCAGCUUGUAUUGAUCCGACAGUAGUAGUCGAAACUGGUGCUGUUGUCCACCCAAAAGCUACUUUGGGUGCAAAUGUUCAUGUUGGAUCAGGCGCUGUUAUUGGACCUAGUGUUACAGUGGGACAUUGUACUACACUUGGGUACAAUGUUGCUCUGAGUAACUGCUCCAUAGGUGAUUUAUGUGUUAUCCACAGUGGAGUAUGCAUCGGACAAGAUGGAUUUGGGUUUUUCGUAGAUGAACAUGGUAACAUGGCAAAAAAAUCUCAGACACUAUAUGCAAGAAUAGGAAAUCACGUGGAGAUAGGUGCAAAUUCAUGUGUUGACAGGGGAAGCUGGAGAGACACUACAAUAGGAGAUUAUACCAAAAUAGAUAAUCUAGUCCAGAUUGGCCACAAUGCAAUUAUUGGCAAGAGUUGUAUCUUAUGUGGACAAGUUGGAAUUGCUGGUUCAGUGACGAUAGGUGACUAUGUUACAUUGGGUGGCAGAGUUGCAGUUCGUGAUCAUGUCUCCAUUGUUUCAAAGGUUCGCCUUGCAGCAAUUAGCUGUGUCACAAAGGACAUCAAGGAGCCUGGAGAUUAUGGUGGCUUUCCUGCGGUCCCUGUCCAGCAAUGGCGCAGACAACUGGCCUCUCAACGUUGGAACUGUAAGGACAUAAAGAGCUCUUGAGACUAUUAACAGCUGCUUUCUUAUGAUUUCCUGUGUUCUUGGGUUGAAACUUGAAAGAGCUAUUAUGGUUACAAUUAUCUGUUAUUGUGACCUCCUUGGUGAAGCUGCUAGAAAGAUAAAAGAGUUUCAGCUGUGAACUAUCCUUCUGAUGCAAUUGCUGCUUUGAAGUUAUAUUUUGCUGAUGCAUGUUGGCUGUUAAUAUCUAAUUCUUAUAUGAGGCAUGGAACUAAAGAUUUGAGAUGAUUUUAAGAUGCAACUUCUUGAACUUCUGAAGGGAGCAGCAUGCAGUCUACAAUUUGUCAGAUUACCAAAUUUCUUUUUCUUCAGAGGCUUCUAUUUAUGACAGUGCUCAAAAGGUACCGUGUACAUUUUUUCUACACAUGUACUACAUAUAUUUUUUCUACAGCAGUGAAAUCACAAUUCACGAGUACGUUGAAUAUUUUAGACUCUGUUUUAAAGAGCUUGCUUAGAGGCAUACGACAGUUAAAUUGAUUACUUUAAUAAAGCUGUAAACUAUACUCCUUAA